GGAUGAUUCCAUUGACAUGUUUGAAAGGAUUAGCAUAUCGUUGGCUUUGACUUCAGAUACGUUUACAGGGCAUUUAGUUAUAGUCAAUUCCUCGUUUAGCUGUUGUCAAAUAAAAAUCUUGAUCUUCAUCAUCAACUUCCGUUUCUUCAUCGGUCCAGUCUUCUUCAUAUUCUUCAUUAUCAGUAGAUACAGAUUCUUUUUGUGGGAUAGAUGAUGAUUUGUUGGUUGUAUCUUCAAUACUAUAUUCCACGUAUGAUGUUUUUUCUUUUGGUGGAUCUUGUACUUGGAUGACUUCGGGCGGAUUUUCAUAGUAGUAGGGAUCAAAACUACUGUAUAUUCAUAAAAAUAAACAGAAUUAUAAAUUUGUGAUGAUCGUUGGGAACAAUCACGAGGUUCAAAAGGAUUAUUUGCCAUUGAUAAUUUUGUAGGAUGAUAAGCUGUCCACCAUCCAUUUGCUGUUCGUAACCAUUGAUUAAUGUCUUUACUUCCAGUAGUUAUACAAUGUUGUUGUAUCAAUGGAUGUAAGCCAGCACGAAAUCUGUUAUGGAUGAUUGCUUCAGAUUCAAUUGAUGGUAGUAGAUUGAAG